GUUUCAAUACCACAACCUUCCUGUGACGAACAUGGUCAUCCACAGGGCUGCUUUGCCUGUUGUGUCCUGAUCAGUAACUGCUGUGUCUCACCAGUGUCGUCCUCAUUGUCAGUAGUGGAUGUGGUUGUGUCUAGACUAGAUCUAUAUGCAUAAUCUUUGACAGGGAACCUGAGCUUCUUCAGCACAGUCACGACUGCUCCCAUGGAUAUGGCCACCUACGAGCUUGAGAACACUGAGCCGAGUUUAACAUGUGAUGUUCCGUAUGACCCGGAUGUAUUUGACUCGAUGGCGGUGAUCAACUCGGAGCUGUGGAACGAGGGAGAUGAGGACGAGACUGAUGCUACCCUCACCGACCUAUUGCCGCAUGGCGUGUCUGGCCUCUCCACAGAGUCUCUCCAGUCCGUGUUCCUGAGAGCAGCUCAGACGGGAGUACUAGAAGCAGUCACACUCAUCCACGAACAUUGCGGCCCCAGCAUUAUACACACUACUGACGAGGACAGCUACACAGCUCUGCAUCGAGCCUCUUACAAUGGCCAUACCUCAGUCGUGGAGUAUCUCCUAACACACGGAGCUAAUGUUGACUCUAGAACUAUUGAUGGACUAACUCCUCUACACAGUGCGUGCCGGUGGAACAAAGCUAAAGUGGCCUCUCUUCUACUUCAGAACGGAGCUAAUAUAAACUCUCUGAGUAAUGGUGGGCAGACUCCACUUCAUGCAGCGUCUUUGAAUAAUCGAGCCGGGGGCACACUAGAGCUACUGUUGAGGCAUAAAGAGUUGAACCCAGCACCAAAGACGGGGCAGGGAGACACAGGUCUUGAAUUGGCUGAAAGAAAUGGGAAGUAUGCGCACCUGUUUCAAAUGGUAAACGAGAGUUGUGAUCACAGGAAGUUUCUGAAGUCUUACUCACUGAAAGAGGUUACAGACUGACUCUAAUUAAUUCUGUUGUACGUACUAGCUUGUUUUAGUUAAAUCACUUUUCAAUUAACACUUCA